AUGACACAAGCUGAGCAGCCAUCCCCCAUGACCGGCGAACAGGCCGCAGCAAUGUCGGAUCUCUCAUCUCAACUUCACUACGCUUGGUAUUACUAUCAGGCGACCCUCAUGAACGCGGACAGUCAAAAGACAUACGACCUGGAGCUACGCUCCCUGAUCAUACGACUUAACCGGCAGUACGCACAUUGGGGCGGCGCAAAUCUUAAGUCCUUACCGUCUUUGGCCCUCGCUGCAAUCUAUGAAAAUGAUCGAGUUAUAAAGAUUCUCCGACGGAAGCUACGCCCCGGGCAGUAUCUAAACGAAGCGCAAGUUCGAGACAACAUCCUUGUUGCACACCUCAUUCCGAUCAAGGACGGCUCUUUACCGGGGCAGUUUGAAGGAGCAAGUAGAAUUGCGCAAACCCCGGACGACGGCGGGUACGUGAAGCUUUUGCCCGAGGCUCAAGUUUCUAGCGCUUGGUGGAAGGACGCAGAUUGGUGGGUUAAGCAGGCGUUGAAACCGCCGAUGCUGCGUUUCGCGAUUAAUGCGGCUGUACCACCGGGAAAGCACGCUCCCGACGACGACAGUCAGGGAGGUUUGGAGUCUGCAGCUGCCCCAAACCCGAGCACUUCCGGAACCGGCUCAGAAAGCACACCCUCCGGUAUUUACACUGCCAGACCGACGAAAGCUCUCCCUCUGCGGCGCCGGGAAACUGCGAGCAACAAAACUGUUUUGACUAAAUUUGUUGACAAUGGGGGCGCAGCCAAUUUUCUCGGCGGCGCUGGAGUACAGUCGACCGUCACGGCGAGCGUAGGGCUGCCGCCUCAAUCUGCGUCGUCCGCCGCUCCCAGCCGGCCGCCAAGCCCGCAACCCUUACGCCCAAGCGAAUCGAAGAAACGAGGUCGCGAUAAGGCUACCUGCCCGCCCUCAUCACAGAAUGGUCGUCCAGAUGGGUGCAAAAAACCGCGAAUGUACUUGGAUCGCAUUAAAGAGGAAGAACCGAAUACUACCGAUGAAGCCCCGCAGCAAGGGCCAAUCUGGGGUGCUAACCGGCGCGCACUCGACAUCACCGGACCCUUCGCGUUUCUCCGCGAGACUGAUUCCCGAACGUUAGGGCAAACAAACGACUCAGUAGACAGACCCUUUCAGAACGGCGAGACCGAAAGAGGGGACGCCGCUUCAAAGCAGCAGCCCGCGCAAACCUUGAGCCAGUUUCACACCAGGCCGCGCACACGCCUCCAACUACGGAAGGCGGCAACUACGACAGCGGGGGACAUGCCGGAAGACUGGGCUAAGCGACGAGCAUCGGCUCCACCGGGUCUCCAACCAAUCAAUCCUUACGAAGAGGAUCGUAAGAUCGCCGUCGAUCGCCGAGGGAGCGGCGUAGCAAGAGAUCCUCAGAACGCCCCUCAGCCCGAAAUCGGACGCCAGUACGAACCUGCAGCGGUUUCAGGACUGACGCCGCCACAACGUGGAGCCGGGGAAAUCGCUCAGCGAUCCGUACCCGGGAGAGCAGACAUGACAUUUGAGGAGAGCCCCCAGCCCAAGCAGCAAUCGAUCCAGAUAUCGAUCUUCGGAUUCAAGUCUCACGCCAUCUGCAGCUGCAACUUCAAACUUUCCAGCGUUCCGCAGAUGUACAAGCGGCCCGCUGGUCUCCAACGGAUAAACCGUCGAAGAUUGCAAGACGUUCUAAUCCGGUUGCAAGUCUUGUUCAGCGGCCAAAAUCGCCCGUUAUCAUGCCUUCAGCUCUACCACGAUGUGCAGUCCCUGAUGGAGCAGCUCGAUGGGGUCGCAAAGGCCAUAGCCGUCGAAGCAAAGUUGCGACGUACUGGGAGCCUCGACGAUCAGCUCUACGCAAGGGAACGGCUCAUGAUGAAUCACCCCUCUCUCGCUGAAGCCGACGUGUCAUGGGAGAAGGCUGCAGAUAUUAUCGCCGGCUCGACCAAAGAAGCAUCCGGAUCUGCAUCCGCUGCCAUCCGCUGGGCCGUAGACAUCGCACGAGAGGUACAGCGCCUCAAGGAAUUCUUUCACACCCAGGGUGGGUGGCAAGGACUGGGAUACGAUGGGGUUGAAGACUGCGGGGAGCCGUCGAGCGGUUUGGACCCCGACGCCGGGGCUGGGCCAGCCCUCAGAACGCGGCUGUGA